UCCAGUCAACUUCUUCGUGAGUUCAUUUCUACUGAACCAUCUUGUCAGUUCGUAGUUCCGCCGCUGUCGCUCCGAUCGCCCAGAAGUGUCUCUCCUCCGCCACCUAAUAUCGUUGGUGUGAUUACGUCCAGAAUCAAGUCAAAAUGAUGCAACGUGCGGCCACCGGUACUGGACCGAUCCUAUCGGCGUUGGUUCAAAAUGCUGGCCAACAGAAUCGUGGUAUGGCCACAUUGAAGGCUAUCUCCAUUCGUCUGAAGUCAGUUAAGAACAUUCAGAAGAUCACCCAAUCCAUGAAGAUGGUGUCAGCUGCUAAAUAUUCUCGUGCUGAGCGUGAGUUGAAACAAGCCCGUCCUUAUGGAGAAGGCACCCAACAAUUCUACGAGAAAGCCGAAAUCGCUGCUGCCGAGCAGACUGAACCCAAGAAGCUUCUGAUUGCAAUGACAUCAGACAGAGGUCUUUGCGGUGCUGUUCAUACCGGUGUUGCCCGUAACAUUCGUAACGAGCUCGCUCAAGAUAGUUCGAAUAUUAAAGUUUUCUGCGUUGGUGACAAGUCACGUGCCAUUCUCCAACGUCUUUAUGGCAAGAACAUCAUCAUGGUUGCCAAUGAAGUUGGUCGAUUGCCACCAACAUUCUUGGAUGCAUCGAAAAUUGCAACGGAAAUCAUGAAGUCCGGCUACGAAUUCACCGAAGGAAAAAUUGUUUACAACAAAUUCAGGUCGGUUGUAUCAUACGCCCUCUCGCAUAUUCCAAUUUUCAGUGCACCAGUUGUUGAGUCUUCGCAAAAACUGGUCCAAUACGACUCAUUGGAUGCGGACGUAAUUCAAAGCUACUUGGAAUUCUCACUCGCCUCGUUGCUCUUCUACGCAAUGAAAGAAGGUGCUUGCUCUGAACAAUCAUCGCGUAUGACGGCUAUGGAUAACGCCUCCAAGAACGCCGGAGAAAUGAUUGAGAAGCUCACAUUGACAUUCAAUCGUACCAGACAGGCUGUCAUCACCAGAGAACUUAUUGAAAUUAUUUCUGGUGCUGCAGCUUUGGAUUAAGGGGCUUUGAGCAUAACAUCCGAAGUAUUUGAAUCGUGUGGAGGUAUUUGAUGGGAUUUCGCUCCAGAAGUUGCACUGAAUGCCUUCUUCACGAUCAAUAGCGCCAAGGUUUAAAGUUGCAUUUCCAUAAAUACAAGUUGUUAGUGUAAUAAAUAUUUUUUAAAAACUGCCCGAGAAUGAACACCGAAAACAAUUGAAUUCCAUUGAGAACGCUACAAACUGUAAACGGAAAAUAUCAUCUGGAACUUGUUCUAAGUCACUGGCUGAAAAAUAAACAUCUUAAUUUUAAAACUAAGAACAAGUUUUUGAAGAUAUUUGAUUAUGCAUUGGCAAAACGAAAACUAAUAUGGCUUCAUCCACUACAGGUAUUGGAAUAAAUGAUAAUUGGUAGGAAA